AUGGCAAGUGUGAAGAAAAUCCUGGCGAUAGUUGUUUUGAUUCAAUGCGCUACACUGAGCGAAUCUUCUCGUAUGUUGGAGAAGAAGAAGAAGAAAACGGAUGGCAAUACAUUUAAUGUGAUUAGCUUCGGAGCUGUUGGAGAUGGAGUCGAAGAUGAUUCCAAGGGCUUUAAGGAUGCUUGGAAUGCUGCUUGCGGUUCCUCAGCUUCGUCACCAAUGGUUGUUGUGCCUCAAGGGAAGACCUUUCUGCUUCAACCCUUAACUUUGGAUGGCGAAUGCAACUCAAACAACUUUACAUUCCAGAUUGAUGGGAACAUUAUAGCCCCAAGCGAACCCUCUGCAUGGGAACGCAAAAGAAACUGUCACCAUUGGAUUGGAUUCAAAAAUUUUGAUGGUCUCUUCAUUCAAGGGUCUGGUACAAUCAAUGGACAUGGAUCUAAAUGGUGGAAGCUUUCUUGCAAAGACAAGAACAAGGGCUGUCACUUUCGGAAACCAACCGGUUUUAUGAUAGCAAACUCCAAGAACGUAGAGAUUAAAGGCUUAACCUUUGAAGACAGUCCAAAAAUGCACAUUGCAUUUGAGAACUCGAUUUCCAUUCACGCCACUGAUCUUACAAUCAAAGCUCCAGGAAACAGUCCCAACACUGAUGGCAUUCAUAUCCAACGUUCCACCAACGUUACCAUAGACAAGACAAUUAUUCAAACCGGUGAUGAUUGUAUAUCGAUUGGACCUGAUACUAAAAACACAUUAAUAUUAGAAACAUCGAAUGUGGUCCAGGUCAUGGAGUCAGCAUUGGCAGCCUUGGAAUUAUCGGACAUGAAUGUUGAAUUUGUUCACGUAAUAAAUGUUUCUUUUUAUGGAACAACUAAUGGAGUCCGAAUAAAGACGUGA